UCUCUCUCUCUCUUCCAACAUUUUUAUAUCCCAAAACUGCAACCUGUCGUCUGUUUGUGGCUUGCAUUCAAUCUGCACCCGUGAACUCUUAACUCAUUCAUUCUCGUUCAUUCUCUAAUUACGACUCCCCUUUCCACCUAAUGCCAUUAAGCUGUAUAUAAACGGAAGCCCAUUCCACUCCGUUACCAAUUCCACUUCCUCCCUUCAAAUCAUGUCGAGACUGCUGCGGCCUCCUCCUCCUCUUCUUGUUCUUGUUCUUUUGCUGAGCCAGAGUCUCACCCUAACGCACUGCCAUACCAAGGGGCUCAAACCCAAGACCUCGCCCAAGACCGUUCUUCCCGAGAAUUCGACCACAACCCAAUUCUCAGAGCAGCAAUUUAUGAAAUGGGUCAAAUUUGUCGGCAGUCUCCGACACUCUGUUUUUAGAACGGCGAAGAACAACCUUUUUCCUUCUUAUACUCUCCAUGUGGCUAAGAAUCCGGCUGUCGGGGACUUCACGUCGAUCCAAGACGCCAUCGAUUCCCUCCCUUCAAUCAAUUUGGUUAGAGUCGUCAUCAAGGUUCAUGAAGGUGUAUACACAGAGAAGGUGAACAUACCCCCGUUGAAAUCAUUCAUAACAAUCCAAGGAGCAGGGGCUGACAAAACGAUUGUUCAAUGGGGAGACACCGCACAAACACCAGGCCCAAAGGGGCAGCCAAUGGGGACUUACAACUCCGCAACAUUCGCAGUAAAUUCCCCUUAUUUCAUAGCCAAAAACAUCACAUUCAAGAACACAACCCCUGUUCCAGCACCAGGGGCAAUCGGGAAACAGGCGGUGGCGUUCAGAAUCUCGGCGGACACAGCAGCAUUCUACGGCUGCAGAUUCUUGGGAGCUCAGGACACACUAUACGACCAUUUGGGUCGGCAUUAUUACAAGGAUUGUUACAUAGAAGGGUCGGUGGACUUCAUAUUCGGAAACGGGCUGUCUCUGUUCGAGGGAUGUCACGUGCACGCAAUAGCGCAGAACGCAGGAGCGUUGACAGCGCAGGGGAGAAGCAGCCUGCUGGAGGACACAGGGUUCUCGUUCGUAAACUGUAAGGUCACGGGGUCUGGAGCGCUAUACUUAGGGAGGGCAUGGGGGCCCUUCUCUAGGGUCGUCUUCGCUUACACCUAUAUGGACAACAUUAUUCUCCCCAAAGGCUGGUACAACUGGGGCGAUCCCAGCCGCGAAAUCUUAAAAUUGAACGAAUUCGAAGCACAAAACAUAAAUCCAAAACAGAGCAGGAGAAAGCCGUAGGCAUAGGCUGUCGUUUUCCUCCAACGUGGAAUGCACUAAAAGACCAAACUUUUUAAUAUUUAUAGUAGCUGAGAGACCACCGCCCCACCCGCAUCGCCGCCGCCGCCACCCUCUGAGAGUGGAGGGUUUGGGCGGUGGCAUUUCCCCAUUUAACCGUCCAUGAUCUGUGACAGAGCAUGCGCAUGCAAGGAGAUUUUGGUAAUUUAGUAAUGAGUUUGUUUAAUGUUGUUGUAGGACGGUGUUUUAUGGGCAAUACAAAUGUACAGGCGAAGGAGCUAGCUUUGCCGGCAGAGUUUCAUGGUCGAGAGAGCUCACUGAUGAAGAA